UGACUAAAGGAAAAGGGAUUGAGUCAUGAUUUGUCACAGUCUGAUGCAUGUCCUCUGUAAUAUUCUGCUCUGAAUCUUUUGUCUGCCACGUUAAAGAGGAUUUAAAUCAGUAGAAAACUUCCUUUUGAUUUAUGUUUGUUUGGAUACUUGUCAUGUGUGCUAUCAGAGAUGUGAAGGUUUUUCUCUGGAUCACUUCACAUUCUUUCCAUUCCCCAUUUAGCCUCAGACAGAAGCACCUACUCACACAGUCACUGUCAUCAAAAAACCAGUGUGGGGUUUUUUUUUUUUUUUGACAUUUUUCGGCUUCCACGACUUUUUUUGACUGAAGAGAAAGAAGCUGCCGACUGAGGAGAAGUUUAGGGGGCAGAGUUCAGCGCCUCGCCUCAGGCUCGGUUUAUUACACUGCUUACAAAGAGGUGUGAAGUGGAGAGGGUUGGUGCUCACAGUGUAUGAUAAUGCCUUCCACUUGUGGUGGGACUUUCACAGACUUGACCACUACAUGUGGGGGCGGAUAAGAAGAAGUUUCCUGCUUGCGAGCGUCUCUGGCUUCCUGCAUUGGUCGCCCACUGCAGCUGACAUCAGGUUUUUGUGCUUCUCUUAGUAUUGGUUCCUCUUUUGUGGGGCUGGAUGAGCAGAAGGGAGAUAACUAAAAGCUGCAUAUGCAGAUUGUGACCCUGCACUGUGUGUUCAGCCGCCUCGGCAAAGGUUUCAUUAAAAAGGGAUUAUUUGGCACAGUGACGCCCAAAGAUAAAGUUUCCCCUCCCGAGUCUUUGCCCUCGUUCCAACUCUCACUUUCUGUCUCCCUCCCGCUGUAGCUGUGUUGAGAGACGUCCCGAGCGGAGCCCAGAUCCCGUUGUGGGUUAAUUAAAUCCCCGCCAUCGCCAUCAACACCGUCCCUCCCCCUGGUCGAGCUGAAAGAAAGAAAAAACCCCACCGUCCUGAGCGGGACAGCAUCUUCCCUCAGCCUCCGUCCUCUGCCUCCUCAUGUUCCUGCAGGCAGAGCGGAGGGCAGCGCGAACUCACUGUUACGGGGAUGGCGCUGCGCAGGAAGCUGCUGGUCUGCAUGUUGACCGUCAGCUUGCUGCUGUGCGUCUACGUCCUGUGUUUCAACCUGGAGAGGCCCUUCAGCUGGUCCAUCCCUCCGCUGCUCAGCGACUCCGAGGAGCCUCCUGACAGACCGAGCCUCGCCGACCGGGGGACCCAGCCGGCACCGACCACCCACCAGAACAGAGCCGCUCUGAACCCAGCUUUAAAGACUCGCACAGCCACCACUGCUGCUGCUAAACUGCAAGCGCAAGCAGAAAACGAUGCCCCGGAUCUGUCAAAGUCCAGCUCCAAGUCUGACGGUGCAGAUAAAACCAGAAACAGCACCAGAGGCCCAACAGUUCGGCCCAUGAAGCCUGCCAGAGCCACAGAGCCUCCGUUCGUCGGAGACACUUAUAUGAGCGACUACAUCAAUCCACAAACAGGCUGCACAGACGCUAUCAGACGUCGGGUCAACCAAACUGAAUUUGGUGGGCGCUUCCUGGAACAUAUUCCAAUCCUGCAGUGGGCCGAACAUGUGACGCCUGAACAAUACCAGCGUCUGAGCCGGUACCCAGGGACUCACGGCUGGGCGGUAAUCGAGUACAAGACGCUGCAGGAAACUCUCUCUGUCCUCAACUCUACUGCCAGCUGGCAGAUGCUGGACGACUGGAAGCGUCGCAGCAACAAGUCGGAGUGCAGCCGCUGUGCUGUGGUGGGAAACGGAGGCAUCCUGAAGGACUCCAAGAAAGGGAAGGAGAUCGACAGUCAUCACUACAUCUUCAGGACCAACGGGGCGGUCACUAAGGGUUUCGAGGAGGACGUGGGCUCUCGGACCACCCACUACACCUUCUCCUCCAACACCAUGAUGAACUCCAUGAGGAGCUACGCCCGCGCCGGCUACAGAGGGCCGCCUGUGUCCGAGGAAACGCGAUACGUUUUCCUGCCGGAUCACGACCGGGAUUAUCUGCUGAUGAAGGCGGCAGCAACGCAAACGAUGUCGCCGAAGGGACCUGAGCGAGCUAAACACCCGACCGAGUACUUUGGAAAGGACGUGUCGGCGGCAAAGCUGAAGAUGUAUCACCCUGAUUUCAUCCGUUACCUCAGAAACAGGUUCCUUCGACCGCGCGCCCUGCAGAAGGUCUACAACAUGUACCGUCCGUCUACGGGUGCCGUGAUGCUGCUGGCCGCACUGCACACCUGCGACCAGGUGAGCGCGUACGGCUUCAUGACGCCGGACUACAAGAACUACUCUGAUCACUACUUUGACAACAUCUAUCGCCCGGUGGGCUUCUUCGCCAACCACGACCUACGGUUGGAGAUGAAUCUGUGGCAGCAGCUGCACCAUGCAGGACUCAUCCAGCUCUACAUGCGCCAGUGAACGUGGCUCGAGCAGAACCACCGGCGUCGCCACGAGCGGACGGGAAGUGCAGGAGAAUUUCACUACAGUGUGAUCUGAGCUAGAUGGAAUUAUUUUUUAAAAGUAGCAGAAGUUUUCGUUUCAUGAAGGAAGCGAAGGUUGUUUAUUUUUAAAUGACAGCUGCUGUGAUUGUUCAGGUGGAGGUUUAGGUUUAUUUAUCAAACAGCGUUUUGUUUUAACUUUUUUAAAGAAUACUUAUUUAUCCUGGAAAGCAGGUUUUUGGUGAUUUGUACGUUUCGAUAUCCAAAUGAAACUGAGCUGAGCUGGUGAAAAAGAUUUUGCAUUUCAGCUCUAAAUAAGAAGUCCCAUCUGGACCCGUUCCUGCUGCUCAUCACGUUUGAUCAGAAUGUCAAAAUCUCAGAUUCGUCCUCUGAAUCCAGUGCGCGAUUAAAUUUAAUUGGUCCUUGAGGGCAAUUAAACCAGAAAAACCAGCAACUUGUUUCGCUGACUUGGUGAAACAUCAGUAACUCUACACUAAAACUGACUAGACGACGUUACAUACUCAAUGUAAAAUCUCACUCAAAGCUUUCGUUUUUGGUGUUCUACAUGCUUGACUAAAAGAGAGGCUUCCAACAUUUUGUUUGUAACGGUUAUCAGAAAAAUGCGGACUAUCUGAUUUGCUAAUGGACCAGGCUGACAACUGGUUCACUCUUUCACUACACAUUUCAGUUCGUUGGGUUUUGAUUUGCACCUAAAAGUUGUUAAUCAUGGAGGUACUGAAACAGUUUUUUGCACCUUAAAAGUUGACAUAAUCCACGUGGUUCUCUUGUGACGCCUUCAGUACGAACACUUUGAGAAUUUAGCGUUGUCGUUAUUUGUGAUUUGUUGGUUUGAACAAGUAUGUUCAGAUGUUCGAUAUCUUCAGAGGAUAAAUGCCUAAAAUGCUUAAUUUAUACAUGCGUGCUGCGGUAGUUUAGGUUAAGAAAGGAUUGAAUUUUUAUUUGUUUCAACUCCAACAGUUCCAGCGUAGAAGCUGCACCGCUAACUAGCUUUGAGCAGAAGUGAUUUCAUAUCGAGUCAAUAACAGGUCAAAGUCUCGACAUCUGCUGGACAAGGUGGCACAAAUUUAAGCAUCCAAAACAAAUCAGCCUCCCCUUGGUUUCUUACGUAGCUCCAUUAUCUGAUCAAACCCUGAAUGUAUUUGGAAACCAAAUACCUUGAAUGUGCACAACAUUCCCGUAAGCCUCUGCUAUUAUCUGUCUAUCAGCACAUGUUAGCAUGCUACAAUGCUAAACUUAGAAGCAAAGUAAACAGUUAACCACAGAUUGUUGGCACCGUCAAUGUUAGCAUGCUAACAUUAGCAUUUAGCUCAAAACAGUGCACAGCUGACUGUAUCUGACUAAUCAAGGAGGAAACUCUGCUCAUGUACGAAUCGGAGUCCGACGAUUCUUUUAACAACCUUAAAGGGAAAACAAAGGGAGAAACUUUGCGUUCAGGCAUUAACGGGCCACUUUAGAUAAACAGCAAAACUUAAUUUGUUCUGUUUAAGUUGCAUUUCAGAGAAGCAGCGACUCAGGAUUUCGGGAAGCGAGUCGACUGUCCUCCCUUAUCAGAGGGACUAAAACCGCCCUGUCGUAUUUUAUUGGGCUUUUUGUUUGAACAGAUGGCGUCAAACUGUAAAUGUCCGCCUACAGAAGUGCUUCAUGUCGUCUCAGCAGACAGACUUUGGACUGUCCUGCUGCUGAGCGUCCGUGUUGUUUCCGUUUGCCCACGUUUAAACCUACAAAUCACCAGGAACAUGUUUACUGCAGGAGCGUCUCGUACAAUCAGCUUCUGGUUCUGUCUUGUAAUUGUGCUGACGAGGGACGAGACUGUAAUUGAGUUGGCCGCUUGCUUAAAAAUAUCCUGCGUCGCCACCCUAACGAGACCCUAAAUAGACGGUGGGAGCCCUGCUGGCAGUGGCCAAAGUCUGAUCUGACAUUUACUCACAUGACGUUUUCUCUGUUUUACUGUGGACGGUGGAGGAAAGAAAGAAGCCCCCAGACUGUGACUUUGAAGCUCGCCGGGGCAAAUAUUUGACCCUGGAAGUGUCUUGAGUUUAAGGGACUUAACUUAUUAUUAUUUUUUUGAAAGCACACAUGUUUCUGUUUUACAAGUUGCCUCACUGUGACGAUACCAACACUGUGUGGGCUCUACUGGACCGUCAGUGCCUUUAAUGUGAAUCGGUGGUUUCCGCGGCAACGCAAACGCCGGCGGCCUUCUUCCUCCCCGUUUGGAUUUCGGUGGCCGAGGACUGGCCUCGUGGAAUCCGCCGCCACACCUGGACUCCUCUCUGAGCCGCCACAACGAAGAGUCAGAGUUCACUGAGAUUUACUGUCGAGUCCUCCACGGCGCGGAUGUUUGGUGGCAGAGUUUUAUGGCGCUAACAGCGGCGACGACACACUGUGGGAAGGGAAGGAGGGAAGAAGGAAUAAACCAAAAAAAAAAAACACACACGCAGCAAAUCAGGGAAUAUUUAAGCUAACUGCUUUUGUUCUAUUGAAUCAGUUGACGUUGGGACAGCGGUCUGAAACACUGGGGUGUUUGUGCAGACGGUAGCGGGGGAAGGGAAACCUUUUUAUAGUGCAAUUUCUGACUCUGAUUUUCAAAUUGUGUAUUAAAGGAAACUGUGAUUUUA